AUUCUCCCUCUCUCUCUCUCAUCUAUCGUCUCUUUCUCUCUCUAAAUUAUUCCGGCCACUUGCUCAAGAACCGGCGGUCGGUGUCAGAUUUCCCGGCCGCUUUUUCACCUAUAUAUAUAUAUAUAUAUAUAUAUACCCCAUCAGCCUCUCUCUUCACUCACUUUGGAGAGAGAAAGAGAGAGAGAGGCGCAGAAUAGCAACAGUAGCUUCAAUUCCUCCAUCAGAGGACCCGCGUUUGGUAUUGAAAGCUUAUAAAGCUGCCUAACUCUUACAUACAGUACACCACCUUUUUGUGCACAAAACCAAACAGUGCAUACGAUAGCAACACCUGCAAGUCUGCAACAAUCUUUUCCAUCUCACCCCACUACUUUAUUAUCUCUCUCUCUCUCUCUCUUCCUUCUUAAUUUUCUCUGUAAGAGGAGUUGUUUUUUGGAGAGAGUGUAAUGCACAGAAUCUCGACGGAGAUGUUACACUGCCUGAGCACGCCGGGAAACCUCGCCGGGAACGGAGCGGACAUGACGGUGAUCGAGAGGCAACGGGCUCGCUUGAAAUGGCAAGCAGAACAACAGCUUCAACGGCAGCAGCAAAGCCACCAGAGUUUUUUCGGCACCGGGAAUGAGUUCGAUUUCUUUAAUUUAGUGAACCAAGCUCCGCAAUUUCAGGGUUUGAUUGAGGGUGACUCGGGGGUAGUCGCAGAACUGGUGACCCGGUCAGUGAAGGCGGAUCCAGGUUUGGAGAAUGCAUGGCCGGAGUUGCGUGGGUAUGGCGGAGACACGACUGGUUUUGAGGCAAAUGGGUUUGUGAACGGAUCUGGGUAUGACAUGAAUUAUGCCAUUUCGAGGACAGUAAGUUGCCCGCCGGAGAUGGCAGCACCGGCAACCCAGCCGGAGGCGGCUGUGGCAGUGGCAGCAGCCGAGGCCAAGGGCAGGCAGACUCUGAUUACGGAGAAGCUGAAUUUUAGUGUUGGUAGAGAGAGCAGCUUCAAGAAGAGGAAGGCUGACAAGGCUCAGAACCAAAAGGUUGUUGCCGAAGGUGACUCCAGAGAUAAGAGGUAUAAAGGAUGCAACGAAGAGGGUAAAUCCAAGAUCACAGAGCAGAACAGCAACAAAAACAACAAUAACAAUAACAUUAACAGAGAAACUUCGGCUGAUACUUCAAAGGAUAAUUCAAAAGUUUCGGAGGUUCAGAAGCCUGAUUACAUUCAUGUCAGAGCACGUCGCGGCCAAGCCACUGAUAGCCACAGCUUAGCAGAAAGAGUGAGAAGGGAAAGAAUUAGUGAGAGAAUGAAAUAUCUUCAAGAUCUAGUCCCUGGGUGCAACAAGAUCACUGGAAAGGCUGGAAUGCUCGAUGAAAUCAUAAACUAUGUUCAAUCACUUCAGCGGCAAGUUGAGUUCCUGUCCAUGAAACUGGCUGCUGUGAAUCCCAUGCUCGAAUUCAACAUUGACAACCUCUUUGCGAAAGAGGUGAUUCCAACUUGCACAGCUAAUUUUCCCACAACAGGACUAUCUGAAAUGGCAAAUCCUGCCUACCUUCAGUAUAAUCCUGCACAACAAGCAGCAGGUUGUGGACUGGAAAUGGGAGUAAAUCCUCCAGAUAUGGGGCUUCGAAGAACCAUUAGUGCUCCUGCACCAAUCCCUGAAACAUAUCUAAACCCAUCCUGCUUCACUCAAAUCCAGCCUUCUUCGACUUGGGAUGCUGAACUACAAAACUUUUACUGCGGGGACUUUCAAGGAAGAUCUACGUCCUUUCCACCUCAGACCUUUACAGGGCCCAUUGAAGCCAGCAACUUAAAGAUGGAGAUUUGAACCACAAAAUGAAUCAAGCAAUUUCUUGGAUGAGUUUAAUCCAGAGGCCUUCAUCCUGAUUCUUUCUUCAAUUUUCUUUUUACUUCCUCCUCCAAGUACAUAGCAUAAUCUAGAUCUGUGUGUAUACCUGCAACGUAGUAUGAAUAAUGUUGAUACCUAUUUAACAUCAACCUUUACCUAUUACCAUUGUAUAUUUAUUACAGAAUAAAAUUUAUUCACUCAA